AGCAGCGGCAGCAGAGCCGGGGGGUCGGCGGCACGGGCGGUGUGGGGGAGCCGGCGGCCGCCUGCCCCGCGCCCCACCCCUCCGUCCACGGCACCCAGAUAAGCGCGGGCAGCCGGCAGCGCCCAGUGCCGGCGGCGCCAUGGCCGUGGUGACGGUGAACCGCGGCGCCGUGAGCUCCUGGGUGGGCAUCGCCCGGCUCUGCGCCGUCGUGGCGUCCUGCGUCGCCUUCAGCUUGGUGGCCUCCACCAGGGACUUCGGGGGGCCCUACGGGACGUGGUGCAUGUUCUCGUGGUGCUUCUGCUUCGUCGUGACGCUGCUGGUGCUGCUGCUGGAGCUGCUGGAGCUCUACCCCAAGCUGCCGUUCUCCUGGGACGACUUCACCUCGGCUUUCUCCAUGCUGGCUGCCCUGAUGGUCUUCACAGCCUCGGUGGUCUUCCCCUCCAUCUUCAUCAGCAGCCCCUGCAGCGGCAGCAAGUGUGCCCGGCAGGCCGUGGCCACCACCUUCUCCUGCCUCUGCUUCCUCGCCUAUGCCCUCGAGGUGGGGCUCACCCGCGCCAAGCCCGGGGACGUCAGCAGCUUCCUCUCCACCGUGCCCGGGCUCCUCAAGGUCUUUGAAGCUUACGUGGCUUGUCUCAUCUUCUCCUUGCUGGAUACCUACAGCUGGGCACCCGGCCUGCAGUGGUGCGUGGCUGUCUACUCCAUCUGCUUCAUCGUCACCCUCCUCAUCAUCAUCUCCACCAUCGGCCGCUGCCUGUCCUACAUGCCCUGCCCGCUGGAGAAGGUGCUGGUGGCCUACAGCGCCCUGGCCCUGCUCAUGUACAUCACGGCCACGGUGCUCUGGCCCCUCUACAGCUUCCGAGGGAGGAGCCGGCCCGAGGGCUGCGGCAAGGGCUGCUCGUGGGACAAGCACCUGGGCAUCACCUUCCUCACCAUCUUCAACCUCAUUGCCUACGCCGUGGACCUGAUCUACUCCACCAGGAUGGUUUUCAUCAGGGCACCUGCCUAAGGGCUGGG